AUGUUUGUCAGGUCUGCAAGACAUGCAGUCGGCUCUCUACGACUUCGCCUAGCGACCUCAUGCAGAGAGGCGCUCGUUCCCAGCGUCUAUUCCCGGCGCGGCGCGCUUUCUCACUACCACUCCGCGAUCGAUGACGAUGACGAUGACAUUCGCUUCGAUACUGGCCAGCGGUCAGACCGCCGACGGCAUUCCUUGUAUCUGCGCAGGCCCCAGGAUCGUUCAAAUGACCAUAAAAAGGUUCUCGAUGUCGAUGCCCUCGGCAAGCCUGCAGAGGUGCUUGUCGUACCGCAUCGGAAACGCCGACGACAAGCAGAGUCCAAAGUUCAGAAUGUGGCUGACCAAAAGCCGAAAAUCGACGGUCUUCCCUACAUUAUGGGGGAGCUGGACAGCGAACUGAAUGCGCCGCCUGACACAGACUAUUCCGUCCACAUGGAAAAUCUGCGCUUGAUGUAUCAACCGGGUGAUAAGUUGCAGCACGAGGAUUGGAUGAAGCUUCGCCAAAAAGUCGAGCAGUCAUUUACCUCCGAUCAGCUGUCAGAAUAUAUUUCUCGGUUUCAGCGACCCAGUCUCACAUCGCAGCAAAGUGAUCAACAAGAUCAAACUGGUGAACAUGGGACGUGGAAGCCAGGCAAAUCAUUCUAUUUGGACAUGGACUCUGAAAACCAGGAACACAUGUCGAGCAGGGUGGCGAGAUAUCAGGAUCUUAAUGGAAAGAAAUUGCUUUCUGAACGGAUCCUUCGAGAUUGCUGGCAACUCGGUGUUGCGGGCGAAGUUGGCCAGCUUGACGUUCAGCUGCCAUCCCAUGCAAUCUCCCUGCUCCUCACAUCCGACCGCUACUCGUUCGAGGAGCUAGCACAUUCCCAUGAAGCAAAAAUCGAUGUUAGCCAUUCUUUGAAUCUCGUUAGGAUCACUGGCAGUCAGAGUGCCUGUGAAUCAAUCCGCGAACUCAUAGACGACUUCGUCUAUCGGAUUCGCGAGGAAUCUAUUGACCUAUCUUUCCUCAACACCCUCCGAGAUGGUAACUGCGAUCCGUCGAGUUCCGAAUUCUUGGACUGGGUGGACAGGUCGUACGGCGUUUCUUGCAAAAGGGAGGGCCGUCGAUCCAAAGGCACGAUCUACUAUCCGGCAGACAACAAGGAAAUGGCGGACAGGGCGCGAAGGGAUCUGGAACUUGCUAAUCUCACAAGAGCUGCUGCUCCUGUACCCUUCUGUACCUAUGUGCCAGCAUCCCAGGAGGCAAACGUGUAUGCGGUGAAGACAGAAGGCGCAACCUCAUGGGUUGAUAGGCGGAAGCAGUGGUUCAGAUGGUCCGUGGAAUCGGCUCAAGGUGAUACUUCUGACAAGUCGUCUCCACCACUUUUCGAACAGCAUCACUCGCGUUUGUCUUCUGAUAUUCUGGGACUGCUACGGGGCACGUCAAAUGCGAAUACAGGCCCCGCAGAAGAUGACGUAGAGGAAACCUUGACUGCCACUGUCGGGAAAUGUCUUUUCCUACGUCGACCCGCAAUGGAUGAGACGACUGUCAGUGCGGCUCGUCUUGGUGAACUAUCGCUGCCUCGGAUUUUCACAGGGAACAUUCCCAAGAUUUCACGGUUCUUACGGCUUUUGACUCCAUUCCCAGGCAGUGAUGAUCAAAAGCUUCACCGAAUCAGACUGACUCCAUCGAGCACGAAUUCACAUCCCAUGCCUCCACUCGAGCUGGAGUUCGGGAUAAGAACUGGAGAUGAUUGGACUCCGUCUGCUUCGGAUCUAGUCGUGAAGAAAGUGAAAGCAGUUGUCAAGGAGAACAGUAUUGACUAUCUGCUUCCUGAAACUGGGCUGGACAUUCGUUUCACGAGGACAAUCUAUCGGAAUCUCCUCGUUUCUCCUCACAAUACCCCCGAAAGUGGUGCUGAAGUCUCUGACGGCGAAGCCGUUCUGGCAGAGAUCCAGAAAUGCCUGGAGCAACUUGUCGUCAACUACAGAACAAAUCCACACGUUACUCUACCCCCGUUUUGUCAUCUACAACUACCGAAGAAAGUUGUUGAAAAGUGCCUACCAAGCGGCGAUAGACAGACUGCUUCUACGCAUUCAAAUUCCGCCGACUCAAUUAAUGGGGUGGAAGGCAGUAUAGGCGGGGAAUACAUGUUUCCCCCGGUGAACCAUUUCGAAGGGACUCGCAUUUUUCUAUACGAUUUCCUGGGAGAGAAGCUUAGCUAUGGGUAUCCCGAAGGCGGGCCUCUUUUUCCCCAGCAGACAACUCAUCUCAGCCUUGGCAUGGACGUGAUACGGGCCAGUCGUUCGUCCGCCCUUGACGCCAACAAGGGCUUGUCAGAGGAGGAGAUGUUGCAAAAAGAGUUCCAUUCUUUUUAUCGUACUGCAUGCAAAAUGGCGUUUGAAUUGGGUAGGAACCGUUCUGUGGAUUCUGUGACAGCUGCCGACAUGGAAAGAACACGGAUAGCCAAGGUCGAAAAUGUUACCCUGGCACGACGUGGCGAGCAGGUUACAGGCACGCUUCACUUGACUCCGCACCAUCUCAUCUUCUCGCAUACUCCUCACGUGUCAGAUGAAGCGCAAGCGCAGGGUACAGUUAUCAGGCCGCGAGAACUAUGGAUCACCUACCCUAUAAUCUCCUUCUGCACCUUUCGCCCUGCGCCAGCUGUAUCCAGACAGCCAUCGUCGAUUCGACUGCGGUGCCGUGACUUUACCUUCGUCUGCUUCUACUUCGCCAGCGAGUCUAAGGCGCGCGAUGUCUAUGAGACCCUCAAGCAAUGGACAUGCAAGGUGGGGCGAGUCGAUAAGCUCUACGCUUUCACGUAUCAGCCCCCGGCUCCGGAGCGAGAUAUCAAUGGGUGGGAGCUGUACGACGCCAGGAAGGAGUGGGCUCGCCAAGGGAUAGGGAAGGAGGGGUCCAAUACCGGAUGGCGGAUUUCCCAGAUCAAUGCCGACUACACUUUUUCUCCGACCUAUCCGGCCCUGUUACCUGUCCCAGCGACAAUAUCCGAUAAUACGAUCAACUAUGCGGGAAGAUACCGUUCGAGAGCGCGAAUACCCGUGCUUACAUAUCUUCAUCCCGUCAACAACUGCUCGAUUACAAGAAGUUCACAGCCCCUUGUCGGUGUACGGCAGAAUCGAAGCAUCCAAGAUGAGAAGUUAUUGGCGGCGAUAUUCUCUACUUCCCGCUCGGAGAGGCCGUUGGCAAAUGUCGCUUCUCCGAACCCUGAACAGGAAUCCACCAAUUCAAGUCUAGAGGAAGCGCCUGCUGGUAGCAACCCGGACUGUGAAUUGACAAAUUCGGAAGAAUUUGAAGCUGAAAUGGUGGCCUCCGCUCGAGGAGGCCGGGAGGAAAAGCCGCAUAUUUACGGCGCCCAACAGCGCAACCUCAUAGUUGACGCCCGGCCUACCGUCAACGCAUAUGCGAUGCAGGCGGUUGGACUAGGGUCUGAAAAUAUGGACAAUUACAAAUUCGCCACCAAGGCGUAUCUUGGUAUCGAUAACAUUCACGUGAUGAGAGAGUCCUUGAACAAAGUCGUUGAGGCGUUGAAGGAUUCGGAUGUCACCCCGUUGGGUCCCAACAGGGAGCUUCUGGCUAAGAGUGGAUGGUUGAAGCAUAUCGCUGCGAUCCUAGAUGGGGCAGGCCUGAUUGCUCGCCAGGUGGGCCUCCAGCAUUCGCAUGUGCUCAUCCAUUGUUCGGAUGGCUGGGAUCGUACGAGCCAGCUCAGUGCUCUCAGUCAACUAUGUCUAGACCCGUAUUACAGAACGCUAGAAGGCUUUAUGGUUCUGGUCGAGAAGGACUGGCUGGCAUUCGGCCACAUGUUCCGCCAUAGAUCGGGUCUGUUAAACAGCGAAAAGUGGUUUCAAAUAGAAAACGACAGGAUCGGAGGAGACUCGAAUCGAGGGUUCGGAGAUUCCGGCGGGCCUGGGAAGGCCCUAGAGAAUGCCUUCCUAAGUGCAAAAGGCUUUUUCAACCGGGACAACUCCAGUAAGGACUCUCUCGCCGACUCUGAUGGAGAACUACACGCCUAUGAUCAUGAGGGCCCAGGACCGAGAAAAACGAUACCGCCGAGGACGGCAAUCAGUGAAAAGGAGGUCACCAAGGUCAAAGAGACCAGUCCGGUCUUUCACCAGUUCCUUGACGCGACCUACCAACUCCUGUACCAGUAUCCUACCCGGUUCGAAUUCAACGAACGCUUUCUACGGCGGCUCCUCUAUCAUCUCUAUUCAUGCCAGUACGGUACCUUCCUCUUUAACAGUGAGAAAGAGCGGGUGGAAGCCAAUGCCAAGGCAAGGACCCGGAGCGUGUGGGAGUACUUUUUGGCUCGGAGGGAGCAAUUCAUCAAUCCCAAGUACGACCCUACUAUUGACGACAACAAGCGAGGCAAGGAGCGUCUGAUCUUCCCGCGGACGAACGAAGUCCGAUGGUGGAGUGAGGUCUUUGGUCGGACAGAUGCCGAGAUGAACGGGCCUCGAGUACAGGGGCCAAGUCGCUCUGGCCGAAAUACUCCCACUGGUAGAAAUACGCCUGUAGUUUCAAGAGUCGAGACUGCAGAUCAAUCCGCCGGCAGUGGCACGCCUAGUAAUACGGCUCCCACUGGGAUGGCGGCUAUCACGGCUGGACUGUCCAGCCUGGGACUGCCCAAGAAGGAGAGCAGUCAAGAGAGCAAGAUGGCUGGCAGUCGUACUGGUGAUAUGGAAGUCGAGAUGCGGUGA